UUCGGCCCGGCUCCGCAGCGGCCCGGCCCGAUGGCGCCUCAGCGGAGAGGCGCGCCCAAGGCGCCCGAGGGCAGCGGGACGGCCGAGCGCCGCCGCGGCAGCAGCACAAAGAGUGUCCAGGCCCCACGGGAGGUGCAGACAAAGUGGUUGAGAACCGCUGUGCUGGGGGCCUGUGCCGUGCUGGCCGGGCUGCUGCUCUGGAGCAGGCUGGGCGGCGACGACAGCAUCACGGAGGUCCUGGCUCACCGCAGCGAGAUCCUGCCUGGCAGGUUCAUCGAGGUGCCCUGCUCGGAGGACUAUGACAGUCACCGGCGGUUUGAAGGCUGCUCCCCGAGGAAGUGUGGCCGGGGCGUCACCGACACCGUCAUCAGCAGGGACGAAGCCCAGAGGAUCCGCAGCAUAGCCGAGAAGGGGCUGUCCCUGGGAGGAUCUGAUGGAGGGGCGUCCAUCUUGGACUUGCACUCAGGAGCCCUGUCUGUCGGGAAGCACUUUGUGAACCUGUACAGAUACUUUGGAGAUAAAAUACAAACCGUCUUCUCAGAAGAGGACUUCCAGUUGUACCGGGAUGUGCGGCAGAGGGUCCAGCUCACCGUCGCCCGGGCCUUCGGCAUCAGCGCGUCCGCGCUGCGCCUCACGAAGCCCACGUUCUUCUCACGCAUCAACAGCACGCGGGCCCGGACGGCGCACGACGAGUACUGGCACGCGCAUGUGGACAAGGUGACCUACGGCUCCUUCGACUACACCUCGCUGCUCUACCUCUCCGACUACCUGGACGACUUCGGCGGUGGCAGAUUUGUGUUCGUGGAGGAGGGAGCCAACAAGACAGUGGAGCCGAGGGCAGGCGCGGGAGGGGUGCAGCCCUGGGCUCGGCGGGCAGGAGGGGCCUCCAGACGCCCUGCAGCUCCAGCAGCUGAACGGAUUAAGGACCAGAGAAGAUUCCAGCACCACGGCUGGGUGUCACGUGUCACUGCUUUUGACAGUGCCCUGUGGCCCGAUAGGAAAAACAUGAAGGAUUACAAAAACCGAGAUGAUUUCUCAUUUUUGGUUACUCAGUUGCUGAGCUAAAUCUUUCACUGAAGAACCUUCUUCUGAUUCUGAAGUGUUUCAUGUGUUGAGAAUUAGGUGGGCAGUGUUGUUCAACCUUGACACACCCCUAGGGACGUGGCCCUGGGGGACAUGGCCUUGGGGGCCGUGGCCCUGGGGGACUUGCUCCUGGGAGACCUGCCGGUCGCUGUUGGUGUUCCAGGUCUGCGUUUGCUCUUUGCCUCGUGUGCUGUUAGCGGUGCUGGCCUCUGGUCACUUCGGGUCACUUCUCUCUUCC